AUGAAUUAUACUCUAGGCUCAAAGAGAAAUCCUUUAAUUUUUCGAGUUAGUAACCUUUCAAUAGGUAACAUAAACAGAGUUAAUAUAAAAGAAUAUAAUUGUAAGAAACUAACUUUCAGCUCAAAAAAUAAUGAAUAUGGUAAAUCUGUAAACCAUGAAGAUUCUAAAAAAAGACGCGACGAGAAUAACACCAAUUUUUUUCAAAACCCGAAAUACAAAAUAAUUAAUUCACAACCUAAAAGAAAUUUAAGUGUUUUUGGAUAUAAUAGAGGAAAACUAUUUAUAAGUAUAAAGAAAGAUUUUACUAGUUUUGUUGUUAAUUCAUUAAUCAUUUUCGUUUUUCUUUAUUCAAUUUAUACCCUAGCACCUAAUGAAACCAUAUCACAACGGAGAAAAAGAAUUAUUACAGAAAGGUUAAUGAAAGAAUAUGAUAUUUCUGAAAGGGAUCUUGAAAUGAUUGAGCAUCUCGACGAAAUAACAGAAAAAUAA